CUACCUCCUCCACAACCAUCCCAUCAUGUUCAUCCCCUUCCUUCUGGGUUCACUUGCUGGAUCCGGAAGGAUUUGAUCUCCUCCCACUCGUUCACGGCCGCUGAUUGUCAUCCUGUGCCGCGUCGUGCUUUUGAUCCAAUCCCAAGAAUCAUCAAGGUUUCGAGGGAGGGUUUGGGCCCUGGCUCUCUUUCGUUUGUGGCAGUUGUGAAGCAAGGUAGUACGAUGGCUGACCGGAGAGUUGCUGGUGCGGGGUCUGGAGCUGGCGGCCCCUCAAAGGCUGCUACCCAGAGAGCCAACUCGCAAGGAGGGAGGAGGCAGCCAUCUGCCCCUACUUCGAAGGAGCCGGUACCAGUAGCAAAACCUACCAGAUCCAUAGCCUCUACGGCUGCUUCAUCCCAGGUGCAGUCUUCUCAAUCAGUAGAGGUGGAGAUGGAGCAAGUUUUAGAUCCUAGAUACAAAGACAUGAUCUGUUUCAACUGCGGUGGUCCAGGGCAUUAUGUUGGGAAUUGUAUUAAGCCGAAAACAUGCUUUAUAUGUCAGCAAAAUCAUAAUGUGAAUAACUGUGCUGCCUGGACUAGGGUUCAACCAACUGCUGCCUUUUUUGGCAGUGGAGCAAGUGGUCUUGGUUUUUACCAUGUGGAUGUCCCGAUUGCUAAUGAAUCCAACUGGCUGAACUUUCAAAACUGUGAUGUGGUUAAUAUUCUCAAAGGUGUUGUGGACAAGGAGUUGUUGUUAAGUAUUUUGACUGCUACCUUCUGUAAAACUAGACAGUGGCCUUGGCAGAUCAGGGGAUUGUCCAGUAAGACAUUCCUGGUGAGAUUUCCACCAUGGAAGAAAGUGGAGGAUCUCAUCGAACUGCCUGGAUUCUCUUUGCCUCAAGAUGUCUCUGUUACACUUACUGAGUGGAAGGGGGCAUGUGAACCUUUUGGAGAGCUUGUGGAAGCUUGGGUUCUGAUUGAAGGAAUCCCUCCUAAGUGGUGCACAUGGGAAGUUUUUGCUCAGAUUGCUUCUCUGUUUGGGGUACUGACUGAUGUAGACUGGAAUGGCAUGUUCAGGACCUUUUUUGAGAAUGUUAGAAUUAAAAUUGCUUGUAGAGACCCCACAAAAAUUCCAUUUGAAAGGCUUAUUGAGAUGAAGAGGAAGUUGUUUUUACUGGGCUUUACUGUGGAGGGCUUUGAACAAGUUGGUGGAGUUGACUCUGUUAUUGAUAUUGAGGAUGAUGAUGGGUUUGAAGGAGAAGGUGCUGCUGAGGGACAGAAGGAUGAGGGUGGAAAUGUUCAGAAGGAUGGUUUGGAAGAAUUACUUGAUAGUGAGGGGGGCAUUGAUGAGUUAGAUAAGGCUAAUAUUACUACUCAGAGUAAGGAUAAACAGAAAGGGCCCCAGGCUGGCAUGUUCUGCUCUGGUUCUGAGCAUGAAACGUUUAUCUUGGAGUGUGUUAAUGCUGAUAAAGAAGAACAUCUGGUAACUGAAAAAAGAACUGACCUUAAGGAUUUCUGUCCUUAUGCUUUGAUGGAGUCCACUCCUUCCAGACCAUUGGUGAAGAUUGUUGAGGGACCCAAAUGUUCUGGAGGGAAGCUUGAAAGCAUGGAGUACUGUGAGAGUAUCCUUAAAUCUGUUGACUUUUCUGAGUCUGAGGAAGAGGAUUCCAAAGAUGAUGAACUUGAAACUCUUCCUCCUGAAGCUGUACAGGCCAUUCAGAACAUCUCUCUGAAAAGAUCUUUGCUGGAAACCCUUGAUCAGGCUCAGGACCAAAAACCAAAAGCUGAGAAGACUAAGUGGGGGCCUAUACUGAUUCAGAAACCUAUUACUAGGGGGCAUGGGAACUUGAAUAUCAUGGAGAAAGCUGAUGCUUACAAGAGGAAGCAGAAUCUGGAAAUUCCAAAAGAAAUUAAAGGGAAAAAGAUGGCGAGAUAUACGCUGUGUGCUGGGUCAGGUGGCGGCAACAAUCAGGCAAUGGAAAAUCCUAUCUUCAGAGGCCCAGGGUGCUCUUCUUCUCCAGUGCUUAAGGCUUUUGGAGCGUCGAAGAGGGGAUCUGCUUAGAAUCGCUUGGGUCUAGUUAAUGUAAUGAGUGACUUACCACCUUCAGUGGCUAUGGAUAAAAAUGACGCUCUUUGGUGAGAUGUAAUAGGGAUGUAGCUUAAAACCCUGGUGUUUGUUCUGUGGCAGCUACUUUUGGUUGUCGCCGAGAGCUGUUUAACAGUCUGCUUCCGUCGUUGCCUUGGCUUAAUAAAAAGUUGGGGUGGGGGGCGACCCCUUUCUUUCAAAAAAAAAGUAAAUGGGCCGACCUAGAGCGGAGGGGGUGUGCGUCCUGUAUGGACUUUAAGCUGUGCUUAAGGCGCCUUCUAGGAAAUCGAAAUCAUUAAAAGGAGUACUCAUUGCAAAGAUCACUCCUAUCUUCCUAGGUUGCGCCACUUUUCGCAACCUAAAAGUUUUCU